UCGCGCGGAAUGGAUCGCGGGCCGUGUCUUUUAUUACGAACGCGCCGAUAGAAUGUCUCCGUCAACAUCGUCGCGAGACGUUAGAGACGCUCAUAUGUGGACUGAUAACGUCCCGGUCGACGGUAUUGCGUGGUGAAUCGCCGCUCCGGAAUCACGGAGAGAAAGAGAGAAAAGGUGAAGGGAAGUCGAAGGGAGUAUAUCGGAGAAGAAAAAACCCAUCCUUUCUCACGCGCGUGGCUCUCGAGUGAGCCAGCGCCAGCGUUCCGACGUGUGACGUGGUGUUUAAUGUACAGUGGGUGGUGCUGAUUCCUUCGUUCCUCUCGCGCUUCGAUUUAUCCCCCAUCGUUGUCUUUCUCGGAUCUUAAGGACUCCGCCUGGAUCGACCUGGAGCACCGGCCUCUCCCUGCGACAGUAGCGGCAUAGCAACGACGAUCGAGCGGUGCGGAGCUGCAGCCGUCUUCGUGCAUCAACAGGUGUAUCCCGGAUGGCGGGGACGUCGGUUACACGAUGACGGAGUUGCAACCGUCGCCGCCAGGAUAUCGCGUCCAGGAUGAGGCCCCAGGCCCACCUUCCUGUCCCCCGGGGUCCUACAAGUACGCGAGCCACGGCCACGGGAGCGAGGCUGCCAAUUUCAAGAGUGCCACGUCGUAUUCUCAGGAAGGCUAUGGCCUUAAGCAGAGUCCGCCUCGGUCGGUGGCUCCUAACGAAUAUUACCGUCGCAGAAACGACGGACGGAGGUCCGGCACGGAGAACGAUCACGAGGGUGGCAACGGCGGUAAGAAGGCCGCCGCGGUUACCGGUUACAACGAUGGUCACAAGAAGAAUACUCCGGGCUAUAAAAACGACUGCGGGUACGUGCUCGCGAUUACGAGGAUCUUGGAGUCCCUUGGAUUCACGCUCCCUCUUAAUGAGAGAGACGAAGCUUCGCCACCACCGACGCCGCCAGUUAGGGAUGCCUCCAGCCUCAAGGGCGUCUGUUACGGCCCCGGGCACGAGAAGUAUCCUUCGUGGCCGAGCGCACCCGAGCGACACUCCGACGAGGAUAUCCAUAGCUCCGGGCACAGCGGCUCUCAUCGCUCCAAGUCCUGGACCGAUCACACCAACUAUCCGAAGGAGAAGCCAGCCCAGUACACCAGACCACACACGAAGAGGCCCAAUCCCGCGUUCACGCAGCAGUUGAAGACGGUAAUGGAGCGUUGCGAGAAGAUCCCAGCCGAGACUUACGAGUCACGCAACAGAAGUAGCGUUGAAGAGGAGCCGAGAUUGUGGCCGCGCGUGGAUCGCGAAGGUAAAGCUUUGGGAGAUGCGGAAUACGUGGUACCAUCGCCACCGGAACGGGAACAGCAGUCUCAGACUUUGAGUCACGUUGAUCUGGAGGCUUAUGUAAGAGGCUACCAAGACCCUCAAGUGCCCCAGGUGGACCUCUAUCGCGAAACCACCUUGACACAAGCGGGUCUUGAGGAAUAUACGAGAGUGCAACAUUCUCAACAGGCGAGCUACGCGCAAUCUGAAGGAUAUCACAGUUAUGUAUCCAGCGUGGAUUCUACGACGAACACGCCGUUUCUCGACAGAUUGAGGAGAGACAGCGAGGCGGUAGCACAAAGGCCUGCGACGUCUUGGGAAGAUACCUCGCGAGAGGGUAGAGACAGCGUAGUGACUACGUCUAGUGGUAGCGCCUCUAGCAGUGAGACUUUAAAAUGGCAUGGCUCGAUGUCGGAUGUCAGCGUAUCAAGCGGUAUGCCUCCUCGUCAAGCGGUAUCGGAUCGAUGGCAUCAUGGAUCUAUGUCAGACGUUAGUAGCGUAAACGGAGGGAUUCUAACUCAAAAACCCAACAACGGUUGUCACGAGAAAUGGCAGAGUUCCAUGAGCGACGUCAGUACGUCUGGAAUAGGCACGCCGGCGAAAGGGAGGCACAGCCUCGACAAAUGGCAGUCUUCGAUGAACGACCGAAACAAGCAGGGACAAGGCAGACCCAGCUUGCCAGCGGUGAUCGGUCACUGCACGACGUCCGCAUCGAUUAGUGAUAUCUGCCAAACAUCGGCGAUUCGAGACAGCAAGUGGCAGGAAUCCAAUCUCGACGAUGAUUCGCUGAAUGAUAGAUCACCAGCGAAUCAGUGGGACAAUUCGAGCAGACUCGAGAAUGAUAAAUACACUCAACCUAUGCCACAAAGCCCUACACGCCAGCAAGUUGGAGCGGCGAGUCCGCAGAGUUCCGAAAAUUGGAAUCCUAUACACGGGUCGAUGUCCGACGUGAGUCAAACUAACGGAAUUCAAUGUAGCAAGCAGCUAAUCGCUCACAGCGCUAGGGUGCAGACUCCUCAACGGCAUCAUUCGGAAAGCGUGCUGUACUUGGAUCGCGAACGUAGCAAACGAAAACUUUAUCCAGUCAGUACAACGCAGCCGCAGGAAUCCACGCAAUCUUCAAGAAUGACCUUAAGUUCACCGCCACAACCACAGCUUUCGGUAGCUGAACGCAUCAAUGAAUUAGAAAAGCAGCAACAGCAGCAACAAAUGCGUUACACUUAUUUGGAUCCCGAGAAACGUCACAGGGUGUCCGAUCCUACUCUGAAAGCGAUUCAAAAGAAAGCGUUGUUGUCUUAUUACGAGAGACAUCAUCAAGCAUCUUGGCGAUCGGAACCCCAGUUGGCACAAGGCCCUGCACCAGCUCCUCAGAGUCCUCAAAGUCCACCGCCGCAGCCUCCCCCUCGACCGAGACCAUCCUCAUCCCGAAGAGCUAGUUCAGCGUCAGAUUACGCCAGCGGUGCUUGGAGGGAAAACGUUAGCAGAACUCAGAAUCAAGGAAACAACGACUUGCCAAGCCCUAAGCAUCAACAUAGCAACAGUUGCAGCAGUCUCUCCACGGAUUUAUUGGGCCCUGUGAUAGUCGGACCGGCCAUAUCGAUAGACGACUGGGUGCCCGAGAGGCCGCCUAAAAAGCCACAUCUGAGAAAUGCUUACAACGAACGCAUACCCAGUCCCGACUUGCCGCCACCGUCGCCGCCGACGGUCACGGAGAGCGAGGUCCACGAUUGCGACGAUCCAUUGCCGCCCCCACCACCCGAACUCAGCGACGAUUGUUUCACGGAGCGUAAAUCUAACAACAUUCACCACCAGACGGAGGAAACGGCAAAGAUCAAUCGUGAAAGGUCAUGCGAACGACACAAGUCGGAAAGACAUUCUAUAAAAAGAUCGAAACACAGCGCCAAGAGAGAUCACGAUAAGCCCACUGGCAAAUCCUCCCCGAAUUCGACGAAAACGGGCGUGCAGGAACAGGAACAGCAUCAAUUCGUGAGAUCCGCGGCGCUGAAACACGUGGAUUCCGAAAUGGUACUGGAGAACGGAGUCUCGGCCGGCUUUGCCACGCACAGGAUGGUAGUUACGGGACGCUCGAGUUUGAGAUAUCCUUCCACUCAGAAACUUAUGGUGAACGGGAAGAUAGCGCCGACGAGGAGAAUAUCCGAGGAGAGAUCUUAUUCAACCAGACCUCCGGCGCAACUCCCCGAUCUCAUAUCGCAAAGAUACAGCGAUUCCGGGAACCAGAGACCCGCCCCGCAAGUUCCGGUAGAGCCGAGGAUCAUUCGGCAGGAAUCGAUGCGAGUUGACGGGACGCGCGUCGACGCGUCCGGUUUGUUGCGAAACGAUUCCGGCCAGAAAUUAGAAUCUUCUUCAGGUCAGAGACCGCAGCCUCAAGUGCCUAAAAACGCGGAUAAGAAUGCCACCACGAAUCCAUCCUCGAGACCGAACUAUCUGCCAGUGACAGAGGUCGCGAAGAGUCCAUCCAAAUACCUGAAGAGCGGAAAUCACAGUUUCUCCAUUAGCAGCCCGGUGAAAACGGGAUACGAAGCCAGUUCGAAGCUGUUCCCCUCGGAGUCAAGCCCGCAGAAAUAUCACGAACCCCCGAAAUACGUUCCUAAUCAUCACCAACGUCCUAACGACGUGACACAGAGGACUACGCACGGUUACUACGCACUACCACCAAAGUACGUUGAUAUACCUAAGCAGAAACCUCAGCCUCAAUGUCCAACGGAGAAGUACGGCACGGAUUCUCCUAGUUCGCCGCCACCGCCUUUGGCACCGCGACAAAACACAUCCGGUAGGAAGUCUUUGCCGCCUCCACCGAGACCUGCACCUCCGCACUCUCACCAAGGAAGCCAGUCUAAGGCUUCCUAUUUGGCCUACAGACGAGAGCGUGGUGCUCCCGAUAGCGAGGGCAGCUACAAAAGAACCAUGUCGCCAACUUCACGAAUGGACGAUUGGUCGCCUCCUAGGGAUCACGACGAUCCCGUACUUUUACGUGUCACCCCGCAUCAUCCACUACAGCAACAGCAUCAUCACCAUCACAAUAAUCAUCAUCAGCAGCAACAUUCUGAUCUCUCCAAGUCAUACAGCGUGGACGCUCUUCAUCAUCGAUUGGAGGAGAGGUGUUCCCAGCAACAGCAGCAACAUUCGACAGAGGUGGUCAGUAAACUCUCGCACGAUCUCAACAAAAAGCUCCAGAUCAGCGACGUAAGGUCUCGUACUAACGAAAAUAACAACAACGACAACCUCGAGGACCGGCAUCAACAUCAUCAUCAUCAUCAUUAUCAAGAAAAGAGGCAUCCGGACAAGAGACACGACUACGAGCAGCGCAGGGAAAGACUAUCGCCGCAAAGCGUGGAGGUCCUUAAUGACAGGAACAGGCAGCUAGAGCGAGAACGUCGGAAGUUGGCAGCGAGCUGCGAGCCCCUACCUCAAAAUAGAGAGAAGCAGCUACGAGAAAUCAGCGGUCCGCUUCCAAUCGCCGGCGAUGACUUCUUCCGCGAGAGAAGCGCUACGAUCGAGAUGACCUCGCAGAAUAUCGAAUUACUAAAUCGCCGUAAUGAGAAGAGGAUGAGUGGUGUGUCAACAUCAAACAGCACAAUAUCCACGUAUUCUAUCAGCACGACAACGUCGUCAGUCGCUACGAGUUACGAUAAUGGCUGGGCCAGAAGACACGAAACGCAGAACUCGAUAGAAGCUACCAUCUUUUCCGACAGGCCACCACCACCAACGAGUUCACCGCCGAGAUCACCGAACAGUGUCGAGACUACAACUCCACGAGGAGCUGUCCCGAGACGAUCCGGAAGUUGCUCGAGCACCUCUUCCUCAGGAAGAUCGAUAGACGCUCGCGUAUCGCCUCGAGUUUUGCUGUCCAGAUCGUCUCCUAAGAGUUCUCUCGACUCUCUCACGCGGAACGAAGCUCGGAUAGAAUAUGCCUCUAACAGAAAAGUCUCCAGCCCGACGCAAACGGAUAAUACAGGUUCCUGGAACAGAUCCAACUCGCCGAGCCGACUGAGUCAAACGAGCGACACGGAAUCGCGAAUCGAGAGACUUUCAUCUUCGAAAUUUAGGACUGGCGGCAGGUCGUCCACGUCUUCGAUCUCAAGCGUCUCCAAAACAUCCUCUUCCUCCUCACCGAGAAAUUCGCCGGUCGAGGAGGACAAGUCGUCUCCCAGAUCGUCGCUCUGCGUGUCGCCCCAGCCAGGCAUAGAAGGAUUGACGUUGGUACAACGUACCGAGGUCGUGCUUCGGGUGAACGCGGCCACCAGCGACGCCGCCUCGCAAACCGAUAUCUUGGAGGAUACGGAGCAAGAUUUCUCGGGCAAAACUCAACGGUCGCUUCCGGAAUCUAGGAAGAAAUUACCGGAGGAGAUCGAGUGCGAGGAACUCAGCAAGGAUUUAGCCAGUCAACUCAGUCCCAACGACAAACUGGUGCCCAUACUCGUUCCAGCGCCGGAGCACAAGAAACCCACCGACUACGUUUCCGGCCUGUUCAGGGUGGAGGCGACCUUGCAGCCACGAACAAGACGACGGCUCUCCUUGGAAGAGUCAACGGCCUCCUGCAGCGAGGACGCGGACGUGGACGAUAAAAAACACGAAACGAUACCCUCAGCUCCCGUCACGCCACUGUCAGCCGAUUCUACCAGCCCCCUGUCCCUCACCUCGGCUUAUUUCACGACAUCCGAGGGAAAGGCGAGGUUCCUGACGAGAUACUCGCGAGACGCCAGGGACGCGGAGGGAUUAACACAUCAAGAGGAUGCGCCGGCGGUUGUACCAACGAACAGCCUUGACCUUAGGCAGAAAAAGGAGGAGUUGAUGAUGCGCCUCGACAGGAAGCUGGUGGUUCUCAGGGGCGAGCAGGAGGCCGUAAGGGAGGAAGGUGAGGUGAACGAGACUCUGGGUGCGCGAGUCGCCGCUCGCGUUUCCGCUGUGGCUCGCCCGCCGGAAGCGUCCAAGUAUCGGAAUCACGUAGAGGAAGUCGGCAAGAUUACGAGCCUUCUUCUCGGCCUCAGCGGCAGGUUGGCUCGCGCUGAGAACGCCCUUUAUGGCAUGCCGGCCGACCAUGCGGAGAGAAAAAUUUUAGAGAGCAAACGAGAUAAGCUAAUGGAUCAAUUAGAAGAAGCGAAGAUUCUGAAGAAUAACAUCGAUAAACGUAGCGUGAAUAUGUCGGCGAUCCUAGCAAAGUACCUGAAUGAAGAGGAAUUUGCUGACUACCAGCAUUUUAUCAACAUGAAAGCGAAGCUGAUAGUGGACGGUCGCGAGAUACAGGACAAGGUGAAGCUUGGCGAGGAACAAUUAGCUGCGUUGAAAGAGGCAAUUGACUAGUCGUAACGAGGGACUUAGCAUGCUAAGUUAUUAUGAAAUCGAUUCGUAAAUAACCACCGUGCAUUUCCAGGCGUGAACAAUGGUGUUCCGCAUAAUGAGUCAAGCUGACUCGAAAAUAUAAGUUAAUAGGGGUGAAAAGUUACGGGGACACACAAAAGAGAAAUAAAUAUAGAAAGAAAUGUGUACAUCUUGUAUCCUAAAUGAAUCAAUUUUGUAGUUUAAAACAAUACAAAACUUACUUUUUUACAAAUUUUUUAAAAAAUUACUUUAAGAAUUAAUUGCGAUUAAUUAAAUAUUUUUGAAAAUUUAAUUAAAAAACAUUCCAUACAAAUAAAUAUCUUUGAGACAACAAUACAAAGAUGCAAAGUAAUUUAAUGCAUGAUAAUGUGGAAAUUUAAUGCAUGAAAUUUUCUUUGCACAUGACAUAAAAGUACAUUAUGAUGUUUUCUUGAUGUUAUUACGAUCCAAGUGUGAUCCCGAAAUCUGAAGUGCCUAGUCUUUGUUAAGCUUGCAUCGAUUUUGUUGUGUUUCCCCGGUAAUUGAUCCACAGAAAGAAAAUAGUAUAUCGCUUAUACAUUAUGUGAAACCUAUCAUCAUGCUUAGACAUCAUGCCGAAAACAAUUACAAGGCGCUACAAAGAGUAAAGAUUAUUUCUCAAAUUUCUUUUUGAGAAAAAUUAUAAUUACGCGCUAACACGAUUGUCAUUAAUUACAGAAAUGCAUUUGUAAAUAUAUAUACCAGGAACAAUGCGCAGUCCUGAAUAAGAAAAGCCAGAACGUGCGUAAACGAAAGAUGAAAACGGUCGAUUGAGAACGUUAACGUUGCGUAAUAAGUAAUACGGCUAGUGAUACAUAUAUAUGUAAAUCAUAUCUAUAUAUAUGUAUGUAUUAUUUUUGUGUACCGAUCGACGCUAAUAAUAAU